AUGGGUCGGGUUCUCUCCGCGGUGGGCGGGGUUAAGUGCGAGUGGGCGGGGUUUGUCUCCGAUGAGGCGUGGCCUGCGAGCAGUGGGCGUGUCCUCAGGAGGUUGGACGCCUUCAUUUACGAUGCGGCGGUGCUGAACUACAUGGCGAGGAAGGACGAGGGCUGCAAGCUGGUGACCAUCGGGGCAGGGAAGGUGUUUGCCAGCACCGGGUACGGCCUGGGCCUGCAGAAAGGCUCGCGAUGGAAACGGGCCAUGGACCUGGCGCUGCUGCAGCUGCUGGGGGACGACGAGCUGGAGCUGCUGGAGCGGCUGUGGCUGUCGGGGAUUUGCCACCAGGAGCGCAGCGAGGCGGUGAGCAGCAAGCUGGACAUCGACAACAUGGCGGGCGUCUUCUACAUGCUGCUCGUGGCCAUGGGGCUCAGCCUCAUCGCCUUCGGCGCCGAGCACCUCGUGCACCGCCGCCUGCGGGGCCGCCUGCGGGGACACGGGGGGCUGCUGGCGCUCAGCAGG